CAAAUGAAUGUGUGCGUGUGUGCGAAUACUCGCGCUGCUGUGAAAUUUUUCACAAAUUUUCCGCUAAAGUCCAAAAGCUACUAGAAACAUCGAAAAAGCAUUUCCCACCACCGAAAGCCAGCAGCUGGGACAUUUUAGUAGCAACAACAACAAACAGCAUUAGCAAUAGCCAAAACGCUAGAACGAGAGUGUGGUCAGCAACAGCCUCACCGUCGCGAGAAAAACGAGCGCCACUCGCCACCCCAACAAAGCAAAACAGCUUGUGGACGAGGCUGCAGCGCGGCUGUCGGGCUGGCGUAUGUAGUUUGCAGCUCCUCAGCGGGUAGUCUGGCAGUUGUGCAUUGAAUUAAGCAAAGCUAGUCGCAUUUCAGGCGAGCAAAAGCUACAUACGAUCGAGCUGAGCAGCCGCCGCGCAAAAUAUAUACAUAUAUGUAUAUGUAGUUGUUGUUGUUUGUUAGUGGUAGUGAUUGAAAGCAGCAACCAAGCAGAUUAACGCUCGCAUUCUUGGUUGUUCAUACGCCACCCACAGUAACGCAGCGCCAAAGGCAUAAGCAACGCAACAGCUGGGUGAAGGCAGCAUGCAACAACAACAAACGGGAUUGUCACGAAUUUAAAAAAAAAAAUUGGUGAAAUAAAAUUGCGAAAUUCCCUACACCGAACUCUACUUCUAAAAAUCUUUUGAUAUAUUAAUUGACAUUUAAAUUACAGUAAAGUGCAAAAAUAUACAUAAUUUAUUCUAAAAAAAAACAAAAAAUUAAGCAACGCAAAAAAUACAAAGAAAAAAGUGAACACACAACAACAAAAUAAAGUUUUGGAACAACAAGAGCAACAGCACCAUUUUAACAACAAAAUUUACGCAAAAAAUCGAAAGUGAAAAAACAAAAAAAAAACGUAAACAACAACAACGAAAUAAACGCAGCGACGACCAGCCAGUCAAUUAAGUGUCAGAAAAUAACUACAACAAAAAAAACAAGAACGUUUUAACUGCAGUGCAACAAAAGUAACAACAAUGCGUCCAACCGUAUUGUCGACUGCGAAUGCCAACGCGGCGGCGGGUGUUGGCGGUGGCGGCGGCGGUGUUGCCGGCAACACCAACAGCAACGGCGUCAACAUACCCAUACACCACGACUACGGCAACGUUGCCGGCAGCGGUGGCGCACACCCGCAAGCCGCCGGCUACUACGCGGACGCCAACGCCGGUGCAUACGGUUCACCGCGCCAGCAGCAACAACAAUCGCCACAACAGCAGUCAUACCAUCAUCAGCCACAAGCGGCGCAACAACAACAGCAUCCACACCAGCAAAUGCCGCAACACUUUCAGCAGGGCUUUGGUUUCGAACCGGACAUGGACAUGGAUAUGGAUAUGGACAUGUUUCCACGCAGUCGCUUGGGCCGCAUGCACGACCCGUUCAGUGGCUUCAACAACUCACAUUUUGGUUUUCCCCAAUUCAACUCGCUCGGUCGCCGACGUGCUGCCGAUCACAUGGGCCGUGAUGAUGACUUCUUUAAUCGCCUGCCUUCAGAAUUCCGUCAAUAUAUACCGGACGGUUUUGGUCACAGACGUGACGAAAGCGCCACAUUGCCACGCCGACACAGCUCUCAGCAUUCACAACAAGCCCCAGUACAGGGUGGCGGUCCCGCCUACUAUCAAUCAUACGUACCCGCUUCACCACCCAACGGCGCUGGCGUACCACAGUCGCCAUCGAAGAAACUCUGCGACGCCGCCAUACAAACUGAAGAUCCCACUGUCCGCAUGGAUGGCGAUCAGGUGGACAGCGCUGCACCACAAGCUUAUGCUGAUAAUUUACAACAACAUGGGCUACGUAACACUGUCGAUAUGGGUGUGAAGUCAGCGCUGGAGUCGGAACAAGGUAUACGUGCGCAUUCGGCGCCACCACAAGAACAACAACAACAACAGGUGCCAGUGAAUGGCAAGCGCCAGACACCGCCACCACAGGCCGGACACUCACAAUUCGGCACACAGACUAGUCCACAUGUGCAGACUGGCCCUAAUGCUGGUCAGCAACCGCAGUAUCAUAAGGCCUAUUACCCGCCACAACAACAACCGCACCCACAGCAACGACAACAGACACCACCACCGCCACAAACCCCGGGCGGCAGCUAUGUGCGCACCAUACCGAUCUUUGUGGAGGGUCGUUCUGAGCCGAUCAUUAACGCACACAAGGAAAUACCAAAUCAAAAUAGCGCGCCCGGUCAGACACAAGCUACGGCUAGUGCUUCGGCUCGAGCAUUUGUGCCGCCACAACAACAGCAGCAACAGUACCAACCACAACCACAGCAACAACAACAGCCGCAACAUCAGCAACACCGUCCAACUCCACUAAAUACUCAGCAGCAGCCCUCUCAACAGGGUGCAGCCGCAGGUGGAAUGCCACCACAAACUCCACAUACGCUAGACUCAAUCAGCAAAAUCCAAGACAUUCAACGCGAUGUCCUCGAUCUCAUGGCGAAAGUGGAGAAUUUCACGGGCACACGUCAAGACAAAGAGUACGUCUAUCUUGACGAGAUGUUGACACGUAACCUACUUAAGUUGGACACAAUCGAUACAAACGGCAAGGAUAGCAUACGUCUAGCGCGUAAGGAGGCCAUCAAAUGCAUACAGGCAUCCAUCAAUGUGCUCGAAGCGAAAGCAAACGAGAACACUAAAGCUGCACAACAGGCAACAGAAGGUGGCGAAGCGUCCGAACAGUCCGUAUCAAGCGGUGCCGCUGAACCAAUGCAGACCGAAGAGGCUGCGACGCGCAAGAGCGCUUCAAAAGAGAAAGUUGCAGAGGUUGCAUCUGAAGCUGCAGAGACGCCUGUGGCCGAGCCCGAACCGGCUGAUGCGAAGCAAAUUCAAGCGCCCAUACCAUUGCCACCGCCAGAGGGCAUGCAAGUCGAACAGUCAGCAAGCGCUAGUGAUGUGAAGAGUGCGGAUGCCGCCGAGGUGAGCAACAAGGAAGCAGUGGCCAGUAGCGAUGCUCCGGCUGCGGAAGCCGCCACAACCGAAGUGUCGUCGAAGGCUGAGGCGGAGGCGAGCAAAUGAUGAUUGCAACAGCGCAGCUCAUCAGGCGCCGUGAGCUCCUCUUCCUACUCAGCCUCAUUUUCAAAGCGUUUACAUAGCAUCACCAAACGAAAGUCCUAAAAAAACUUAGUUUCAUACAUCUAAAUAAAUGUAAAAUUCGUUGUGUUAGAAAUUUAACGAAAAUUUAAGAAAAAAAUAUAUACAUACUUAUAUACGUUUUUAUUUUAUGCCACAAAUUAUUUUAGAAAAUGUUGAAAGGAAUGCUGCGCAGUGCUUUAGGCAAAAAAACAAUAUGUUUCGUAAAUUUAAGUGAGAUGUUUAGCGAGCGCUAGUAUACCACACGAGUCCUGCUUCGGAGCCGAAGCGAGCGACUCGACAGGCACUGCGUUUAUUGGACGAAAAAUAAUAAUAAUAAUAAGAAUAAAAAUAUUUAAAAUAUA